UGAAAACCACUGGUCUAGGUGACUGGAGUCUGUUGCUUACACGCCCCCAUCAUCCAUACUACGCUCGAGGGAAAACCGUCUGCAGUUUGUCUCCACGGUUUCUAUGUGGAUGGAAACAUGGAUCUACCUGAGCCGUUAAGGCAACGACUGGGAGGACUCACAAGAACCGUGUUUAUUGACCAGAAUCGUACACAACCAACGCCAGAAGAUCAAUGUGUUUUUCUGAGUAAAGACGAUGAAGUUGUCUCCAGUCUCCCUCUUCAGAUGUCCCUUUACUUUAACCUGUGGUUUUUCCCUAUGUGGUGGGUAUGUGAAGUCAUCAUGCUCCACCUAAAGUAUCCAGUCCUUCCUGACUACUACAAGUUUAUUCUGGUGACUGUCCUAAUAUUGAUGACCCUUAUUGAGGGAAUUAGGCUUUACCUUGGCUAUGUUGGAAACUUACAAGAGAAGGUACCAGAGCUGGCUGGCUUUUGGUUGUUGAGUCUACUUUUGCAGUUCCCUCUCAUUUUGUUUCAACUUUUUAAUGAGUCCAUCCUUGUUCAGCCACUGGAAAGAGGGGUCCAUAUAGUGCUGUCCUUGUUCGUUCUUACAGAGGUAACGGGCGAUUUGUAAGCUGGCUCUGUCAGGUUUUGUGGCCCUUCGAGAAAUGGUACAUCACACAGAAAGCCAUUUCCAUCUUCAGCAGUUCGCUGGUGUCCAGGAGCUGAGAACAUGAUUGAGAACUAUCAGCAGUGGAGAUUUACUAACAGAACGAUCACUCUGCACUAAUUAAGUGUCCUUGUCAUUUUUACAUAAAUCAUUCAUGGAGAAUGCAUUAAACAUUUAAAUAGAGCUUUUACAUUAGUUUGGUGAAGAUCAUAUUGCCAAUGAAUUUCAGUGGAAUUGAACAGAAUGGCUUCCAAGGAAAUUCAUAUCCACAUGUAAAUAUCUGAGUGGCCAGCAAGUAUCAAAGGUUUUAUUUCUUAAUUUAAUAUUGUAAAAUAAAUUAUUUUAUUUGUUGAAUACAACAGGGACAAAUAAAUCAUAAUAAUGUUAAAUAAACAGACCAACAAACUCAAAA